AUGACACCAAACUCCCGCUUCAUCAUAUUGACCUGGCUUCUCGUCAAUUGCAUUAACAAAAGUGCUCUUGCGGCCAAACGUCUGAGUUAUAAUGGGCUUGCGCAAACGCCCCAGAUGGGAUGGGAUACAUACAAUGCCUACGCCUUGGAGUAUAAUGAAACCACCAUUACCACCAACGCGAAUGCUCUCGUCCAGCUUGGUUUCCGUGACCUGGGGUACCGAGUCGUGAUUUUCGACGAUGCCAUGACCGAGCUCAACCGCAGCUCAGACGGGUCGUUGGUGGAAAACGCGUCCAAGUUUCCCUCGGGCUUAGCCCAGAUCGCCGACAAUUUGCAUCGAGACGGUCUUCAGUUUGGUGUGUACAGCUCGGCUGGUCGGUUCACAUGUGGUGGAUAUCCGGGAAGUCUGGGAUAUGAAUACACCGAUGCAACGUGGUGGGCCAGUCUGGGGGCGGACUAUCUCAAAUAUGACAAUUGCUACAACGAGGGACUCUCGGGGACGCCGAAACUCAGCCAGGACCGAUAUGCGGCCAUGUCCAACGCCCUCAAUUCGACGGGUCGACAGAUCACAUACAGUCUCUGCAACUGGGGUGAUGACAAGCCAUGGGAGUGGGCUUCGACGAUCUCCAACUCGGCCAGAAUGAGCGGUGACAUCAACGACGGGUUUGAUAUGCCAACUGCGAGUUGUCCAUGUGGGCCAGACGAAUAUUAUUGUCAAGUGCCGGGCCACGGAUGCAGUGUGAUCAACAUCUUGGGAAAGGCUAGCCACUUUGUGAGCAAGAAUCAACCUGGCUAUUGGAAUGAUCUGGACAUGCUCGAGGUUGGUAAUGGCGGCAUGGACUAUGACGAAUACAAGCUUCACUUUAGCAUGUGGGCGGCAAUCAAAAGCCCAUUGAUCAUGGGGAACAAACUGGAUCAGUUGUCAGCCCAAGACUUUGGCAUAUUGGUGAACCCUGCAGUGCUCGCAAUCAGUCAAGACCCAGCGGGGAGUGCGAUCCAGAGGCAGCUUGUGAGGCAGGUCAACGACAAGGACGAGUAUGGGUUCGGAGAACUACAGGUAUGGUCGGGGGAGCUCGACAAUGGUGACCAGGUGGUGGCGUUUCUAAACAUUGGUAACUCAUCCACGACAAUGGAAUUCUCAUUGGUCGAGGUGUUUGGAGGGAUCAGGACGAACAAGAACGCUCAGAAAAGGUGGGAUCUCUUUGAUGUCUGGGGCAACGAGACAGUCAUGAGCAACGAGGUGGCGACUCAAAUUCUCAAUGGAACUCUGGCUGCUGGGGAUGCAACAGGCUACUAUAAUGCCACAGCAAUGUCGUGGUCCCAGGGACUCAAUCAAAACAACCCGCUCUUGUUUGGGACGCCAGUGGGGACAGUCCAGCCUGGUGAGAUGCUAUCCGCUGAAGUUCCAAGACACGGGAUCCAGAUGUGGCGGCUGAGAGAAGCGAAUAUGUCGAGCAGAAAGCGAGAUGAGGUGUAA